AUGCCUCCUCGUCGUCCAGCGACAACAAUGGAUGGCCGAGGAAGUUUUAAUAUCUCAAUACCUGCGGGGGCGAAAACUCUUCAAUUCAAAACAGCCAGAUUCAACGAAGAUAAGAAAUACAAAUAUAUAAGUUCAGCACCUGAUGAUUUUGGAAAUCAUUCACCACACUGGACAAUUGGAUGUCCACGUUCCGAUCCUCCUGUGCCUCCAGAAACCCCAGGACCUGGUCAAUACAACAUUCCUGUUGUCGGAAUUACUAGAAAUUGUUCGUCUGCAAUCGGACAUCGCUCAGAAACAAAUUACGCAACAAUUACUAGUGGUGUCGACUAUAGAUCUAAUCGUGUUUUCCCUGAGAUAAGGAGAAGCACUAUUGGAGCCUCAACAAACGUCCAUUUUUACGAUCGCGAUGAAACACCCGCCCCUACAUAUGUUCCACCUGGUUUAACACCACAAAAAAUUACAAUUGGCCAAAAAUAUCAAGAAAGAUCACUUGAUUAUAAUGUCGGACCAGCAGAUUAUACUCCAGUAGCAAUUGACCUCCCUAAUUUACCAGCUUAUUCAUUCCCAAGAGCCCAAUUAGUAAAACGUGGUCUAAAUGACAAUAGACCAUGCCCUGGCCUUGACUCAACAUCAGAGACUCCUGGUCCUGGCUCUUACAACGUCGUUCCUGAAUUACGCCGCCCAAAGAAAUGGACUGAAAAGCUCCGAGUUCAUCCUAAACGAUACACUCGAGAGCAUGAGCCAUAUGACCGACCGUGGGCGAGACAAUAG